GAGCGGAAGUGGGGGAGCGCGCGACGGCCGCUGUUCUGCUGGGAGCGGGCGCGGGAACCGGCCGCGGGGGGGGGGGCGGAGCCGUAGUCCCAGCGGCGGAAGGAGGAGAGGAAGAAAGAGGCGAGACCCGGUGCCCGGCAGCGGCGCGAGAUACUCGCUCGACGCGCAGGCGUCUCCCGCCGGGCGCGCAGUGUUCGAGGGUCGGUGUCGGCGCCGAGCCCUCUCCCGGGCAGCCGCCGCUGCUGCCGUGGGGCUCGGGUGGAGACGGAGCGGGGCCGGCCGCGGGGCGGGCGGGGAGGGAGGAGGCGGUGAAGGCGGCGGGCCGGGGGGGAAGAUGCCGCUAGCGCAGCUGGCGGACCCGUGGCAGAAGAUGGCUGUGGAGAGCCCGUCCGACAACGCUGAGGAUUUUAUCUUUAUCCUUGAAAUUUAAAAACAUUUACCAGGACAUGUCUUGGUGUUGAUGAUCUCUGUUGAACCUUCUCAGUCUCCAGUCUCAGUAUAAUGAGUAUGAUGAAUAUCACUGUACAUAAGUCUUUAUGCACAUCUCUGAUAUUUCCUUAGGAUAAAUGAGGAGCUGAUUCUUAAUCCUGUCACAUUGAAUGGACAACAAAUUAUGGAUGAACCUAUGGGAGAGGAGGAGAUUAAUCCACAAACUGAAGAAGGCAGUAUCAAAGAAAUUGCAAUCACACAUCAUGUAAAGGAAGGACAUGAAAAAGCAGAUCCUUCCCAAUUUGAACUUCUCAAAGUAUUAGGGCAGGGAUCAUUUGGAAAGGUUUUCUUAGUCAAAAAAAUCUCAGGCUCUGAUGCUAGACAGCUUUAUGCCAUGAAAGUAUUGAAGAAGGCCACACUGAAAGUUCGAGACCGUGUUCGGACAAAAAUGGAGCGUGAUAUCUUGGUAGAAGUUAACCAUCCUUUUAUUGUCAAGUUGCAUUAUGCUUUUCAGACUGAAGGGAAGUUGUAUCUUAUUUUGGAUUUUCUCAGGGGAGGAGAUUUGUUUACACGCUUAUCCAAAGAGGUGAUGUUCACAGAAGAAGAUGUCAAAUUCUACUUGGCUGAACUUGCACUUGCUUUAGACCAUCUACAUAGCCUGGGAAUAAUCUAUAGAGACUUAAAACCAGAAAACAUACUUCUUGAUGAGGAAGGUCACAUCAAGUUAACAGAUUUUGGCCUAAGUAAAGAAUCUAUUGACCAUGAAAAGAAGGCAUAUUCUUUUUGUGGAACUGUGGAAUAUAUGGCUCCAGAAGUAGUUAAUCGUCGAGGUCAUACUCAGAGUGCAGACUGGUGGUCUUUUGGUGUGUUAAUGUUUGAGAUGCUCACUGGUACACUACCUUUCCAGGGAAAAGAUCGAAAAGAAACAAUGACCAUGAUUCUUAAAGCCAAACUUGGGAUGCCACAGUUUUUGAGUCCUGAAGCCCAGAGUCUUUUACGAAUGCUUUUCAAACGAAAUCCUGCAAACAGAUUAGGCGCAGGACCAGAUGGAGUUGAAGAAAUUAAAAGACACUUGUUUUUCUCAACAAUAGACUGGAAUAAACUGUACAGAAGAGAAAUUCACCCACCUUUUAAACCUGCAACUGGCAGGCCUGAAGAUACCUUCUAUUUUGAUCCUGAGUUUACUGCAAAAACUCCCAAAGAUUCACCUGGCAUUCCACCUAGUGCUAAUGCACAUCAGCUUUUUCGGGGGUUUAGUUUUGUUGCUAUUACCUCAGAUGAUGAAAGCCAAGCAAUGCAGACAGUUGGUGUGCAUUCAAUUGUUCAGCAGUUGCACAGGAACAGUAUUCAGUUUACUGAUGGAUAUGAAGUAAAAGAAGACAUUGGAGUUGGCUCCUACUCUGUUUGCAAGAGAUGUAUACAUAAAGCCACAAACAUGGAGUUUGCCGUGAAGAUCAUUGAUAAAAGCAAGAGAGACCCAACAGAAGAAAUUGAAAUUCUUCUUCGCUAUGGACAGCAUCCAAAUAUUAUUACUCUAAAGGAUGUAUAUGAUGAUGGAAAAUAUGUGUAUGUAGUGACAGAACUUAUGAAAGGGGGUGAAUUGCUGGAUAAAAUUCUUAGACAGAAAUUUUUCUCUGAACGAGAAGCCAGUGCUGUUCUGUUUACUAUAACCAAAACUGUUGAAUAUCUUCAUGCACAAGGGGUGGUUCACAGAGACUUGAAACCUAGCAACAUUCUUUAUGUGGAUGAAUCUGGCAAUCCAGAAUCGAUUCGAAUUUGUGAUUUUGGCUUUGCCAAACAGCUAAGAGCCGAAAACGGUCUUCUCAUGACUCCUUGUUAUACUGCAAAUUUUGUUGCACCAGAGGUUUUAAAACGACAAGGCUAUGAUGCUGCUUGUGAUAUAUGGAGUCUUGGUGUCCUCCUCUAUACAAUGCUUACUGGUUACACUCCAUUUGCAAAUGGCCCUGAUGAUACACCAGAGGAAAUAUUGGCACGGAUAGGCAGUGGAAAAUUCUCACUCAGUGGUGGUUACUGGAAUUCUGUUUCAGACACAGCAAAGGACCUGGUAUCCAAGAUGCUCCAUGUGGACCCUCAUCAGAGACUGACUGCUGCCCUUGUGCUCAGACACCCUUGGAUUGUCCACUGGGACCAACUGCCGCAAUACCAACUCAACAGACAGGAUGCACCACACCUUGUCAAGGGCGCCAUGGCAGCUACAUAUUCUGCUUUAAAUCGUAAUCAAUCACCAGUUUUGGAACCAGUAGGCCGUUCUACUCUUGCUCAGCGGAGAGGUAUUAAAAAAAUCACCUCCACAGCCCUGUGAAGUGACCUCAGUGAGAUAUUUGGUACCAUGGUGUAAGCUGAUAGCACAAGUUCUGGCGACAGGUAGCACAUAUCUGAGAGACACCUGCAAGCACAUACUGUCCCAGCUGGUACCCAUAAUGCUGCUGCUCCUGCUGCUGCUCCUGCUUUCGUCUCUUCUCGCUUUAAAUGAUUGUUAGCAAGUUAGAUUUUCCUGGAGCUUCGGUUGAAAUGAAAAUGGAAACAUGAUGAAGAUAUAUUCACUGAAUCAACAAGAAUAUUGAACAUAUGAAUACCACCUAAAAAUACACUGAAAAAGUACUCUACACCAUAUAGCAUUAUUUUUAUAGGAAAUAUUUCAUGUCCCUUAAAUAUUCUUUGUUAGUUUAUAGGGAUGGACAGUUUAUGUUAAGCACUUAGCUUAAACAAUCCGUUUAUAUUAGCACUGUACCCCUUGUGCCAUCCAACAUUUUGUAUGUUUUUGUAAACAGUUCAUAUACAGUACAUUUCUGUACUGCUUUCUUUAAUGUAUACAUGCCUUGUUUAACUUGGAAUCUGUUAUUAUUAAUUGACUAUUAAAUCUGGUUAAAUAGUUCACCUGAUUUAACAGUAUUGUUGGACAGCCCUAAAAAUGGCCAGAUUGUGGAACAGCUGUUGAAUGUAAUACUUCCAAAAUGUACAUAUUUUUCCCGGUGUCUGUUUCACUGGUUUGUUUAUUUGUUUGUUUCUUAAAGUAAGGUGCUCUGUCAGACUAACCUAGAGAGCUGUUAAAGGUAGAGAAAGUUGUAUGUGUGUGGCAUGACAUCAAGAGUACACCUGUGACGUUAGUCCAUAUACUUUGCAACUUCUUAGGGUUCUUUUUCCUUAAUUAAGGGAGUAGUCCUUGCACUUUUAAAUAGUAUCCAUACUUAGUAUUUGGCAUAUAAUUUGAGAUUUUUCCAAUAUACAUCAAAGGCCUUUAAGAGUCGUGGUGAAGAGAUUAGUGAAGAAAAAUUUAGCAACAGGUCAUUCAAGUUCCAUCAGGUAUUUCAUGUUUAAAAAGAUCAAAUUGCAGAAUUUAGUAUAUGAACAACAGGAUAACUGUUCUUGUAUACCUGCAAGAAAAGUAUGCUUUUUUGGAAAAGGAUAAAUCAUAAUGAGUUAUACUCCAUUACGAUACACUAUAUUAAACACUUAAUUUGAAUAUAAUAAACACAGGCCUCUACAUGAAAUUGGAUUUAAACUUUCUUAUUCUAGGAAAUGAAACUUCUUGAUCAAAUAAUAUAUGUUCUAACCUGAAAUAGCUAAGGGAAGCUAAGUGAAUGUUCAGCAUUGAGUGUUUUCUGAAUUCAGCCUGAUGAUUUAUUGCCAUACAAUGCUUCCUUAACUUCAGAAAUGAUCAGUUUUCAUAAUGGUCACUGGGUCUACUUAGAUCACAGUAUUCACUAUCUACACCUAAUUUGGUAGUUUCACAAUUUUGUUUGAUUAAAGAACCUUCUGUAUCCAUUACCCAUAUUUUUGCUAAGCUAUCCAGCGUACAUCACUCUAUGUAAUAUGGAAAACACAUGAGCAAGGAAAAAGUGAUUUAGCUUGCUUCACCAAGAAGGUGCCCAAACAGAUCUUUCUUAGUCAUGUACUAAGUAAGCCAUUUACAUCAGAAAUCUUCUUUCCUGCCAGAAGCUUUAAAUCUUCUCCUGAGAAUACAAAGCCAAGAAAGCAGCGUGGUUUAUCUAAAUGUUUUGGAAGCCUCUUGUUAUUCUUAGUUUCUCCUCUAUUAAAUGAAAGAGAAAGGAAAAAUUGGUAACAUUCCUUUUGCUUAAGUGACACAAAAUGUUAGUGCAUAUAAAUCAAAUGCAAGUCUAUCUUCUAAAUAAAAAGUAUAAGAGGAGGGAUUUCAGAAGAUCUAGAUGGAGAAAGUUUUUAAAAAUUCUUGAGUAUAUGGAUGCUUACUAUUUAAAACUGCUUUCCACUGCCUGGAAAGAAAGCUUUUUUUCCCCUCUCUCUCCCCUCUGUUUAGUGUUUCAAACCAUGGUCAUCCCAAAUUCUUGUCACUUUUUAAAUGUUAAUGUAACUGGGCAAAAAAUAUAUUUUCAGAUUUUUGGCAUUGAUGCUAUUCCAUAAUUGCUUAGUGCAUUGUCCAUCAUCGUCUUUUAGAACCAGAAGUAAAUGUGUAAAUCUUUAUAAAUUAUCUAGUCCAGCUUGUUCAUUGCUGCAUGUAAAACCAGAAACCCAAAGCAGAGAUGAGAAUUCCCAUUCAUUUUUUUUUUCCUCAUAACACCGUGCUGCCUUCCCUUCAUAUUAUCACCUGACCAGGAGCUGAGUUGUUUGAAAACCACAUACUUCUUGGGGCAGUCCUCUACUGGGAUAUGAAGUCCAAGUUUAUUGCUUUCAAAGACACUGCCUUCUUUGCCUUGUCCAACUGCCAGUUUUAUUGGAGAAAAGCAGGUUAUAUGUUCGAAAAAUGGAGGCUUCUUGCCUAAAAAGCAGUUCAUGAGCAUAAUUUAUUUCAUCUAUGGUUCUGGUGUUGCCUUGGCCUUUAACUGACUGCGGACAAACUUGGCCAACCAUGCGCUCAAAGUGUAGUGCUUGUGCUAGGUUAACCUUUCUAUUAAUUUCUGCAAGUCCAGUUUCUCCAGGCCCCUAUAGUUAUGGUGGUGACACCCUUCGCCAGUUAGUGCUGCUGGUUACCAGGACUUCUCCCAGGGGGUUUUAGUUCAGUCUUAAAGAUAAUUCAGCGUGAAAGAAUGAACUAAACUGUAGGGCCACUUUUACAAACCCCCUCUUAGCUUACACUCCAAAAUAAUAUGCAGAAUAGUGGACUGCAUUUAACAUUGCCAAGCACAUAUUAGAAAAUAUGGAUUACACUACCUUGUGUUAUGUAUCUUCCCUUUCAAGUGAUGGUGUUAAAAUAAGGUAAGUUUUCUGUCCUUUUUAUAUAAAUCAUUUUGGCUCAUUCUAAUUUAUAGAAAUUUCUUCCUAAGCACAGUAGAUCCUUGACUUUAAUAGAUUUGAUAUGGAUUCAUUUAUUCACAAGCAACCCCAAACAUCCAAAAAUGUAAUAAUUUUGACAAGGUAGAGUCAAGAUACUAUGAGGCUGGCAUGGGAAAUGUCAUUUAGCAAGUGUCUGGAGAGGAUAUGGUGUGUGUGCAGUAGAUUCCACAUGGCACGAGUGGUGGGCUGCAACCAUUUCCCAUCUGUUUUUAAGAAGUGGUUGCUGUUGGGGCCAGGGGACAUUGUGGGAGGUGGGGCUGGCCUGUUAGCUAUGUGCUGCACCCUCAUCAUAGGAAGGACUUGAAGGAGAGGAGGAGUGCAAGGCUCCAUGAGUAGGCAGAAUAGGUUGGGUAAGAAAGAGGCUGGGGUAGGUCCAGUCUGGGGGGAGAGUUAGCAGAAAAGCCCUCAAAAUUUGGGGGCCUUGGUACAGAUGUGCUUAAUCACCAUGGAAGCCAGCAAUACACACCUCAUAUUCUCUAUUUCCUGGCCUUUAUAAAUGCCCUAAAAUAUUUUGACUUGCUUUCUAUUUUAUAGAGAAAAUCAUCUCUUAUGGUGAUACCGAGCAUUUGAGAUUUAUGAAGGCAUUAGGACAGUAUCUCAGGAAUGUAAAGAGUCAGAAAUCUGUUCUUUGUGAUUAACAAAUAUGAUGGGUUCCAUGUCUGACCCUUGGUGCUUAAACCAGGAGGUUUCAAUCUAGUCCUAGAGUUCUGUCCCUCUUAAAGGUCCAACUCCAUGUGAAUAACAAACUGGAUGUAUACUUUGAGCCUUAUUUAGUUCACAGAUAAGUUGACUUAACUCAGUAUUUUUAUUUCGAUUAAUGAAAAUAGUCCUCUUCUCACCUCCAGAUUGCUUACAUUUUGCUGGUCUCCCCAAGUGAGCAUUGGUGGAGAUCAAAAUGAAGGAAUGAAAUUCACUUUCUUGGGACUGUGGUAUUCUGCAGAGCUACACUUAACCACUUUUUCUAGUGAAGAAUCUACAGUGAUAAUACCUAAAUAUGGAUGGCCAAGCAGAAUUUGUAUCUACAGUGUGCUUUAUGUAUUUUUGACACUGCUGUAUUCUGUGUGAUUGAGUGACUUUAACUGGCUCCCAAUGUGACUGAGUGUUCGCAAAGAAUUCUAGUAACUAAGUCGACUUAAUUUUCUUAAGCCUUGUAUUACUAUCAGUCUCACAUUUUACCACUUUGAUUCCAGUCUUUUAACUGUUCAUAACAGGGCACACCAAGGAUUGGGAUGAGAGCCUACUUCCUACCUCUUAAGGCACUUUCCUCAUUAUUUUGCCAUAUAACCUUGAAGUGCAUGAUAAGCUGUUUAAAUGUCCAUGACUUCUCCCAGAGCAACUAGCAAAGUAUAUGACAUUGAAUAGAGAUUAGUGGAAAGGAAAAUUUAGAGACUAAGUUCAGAGGUGCAAACCUCAAGAUAACCUCUUUAGACCACAUACCAUUUGAGUACAAUAUAUGUAAACGUAUGUGAGAAGAGAGUCUCUAUAAUAGUCCUAAGUAGAUUAGUUCAAUAUUUAAUGGAAGUGAAAAUUUUUACUCCUGUUAUCACUAUAGUACUGAAUGAACUGUAUACUGAGUUUUUCAAACAAGUAUUUAAGUAGAACUUUUAAAUACAAAGCAAGGGCAUAAGGAUAAAGGUUUUGGUUUGUGUUUCUCUAAGUGUAGUUUACCAUCUAAAGCUUUGUUUUUAAUUUUAAAAAAGCUUCAAGGUAUUGCCAUUCCUUAGCAUCCUUAAUAAUUAUGGAUGAUGAGUUUUUAACUCUUAAAAUUAUGUACAUGUAUUAGGUUUAUCUUAACUCUUACCCUAAGCAAAAGGGAAGGUAUACACCUAAGCGAUGUAAUUAUUUUGCAUUUUUGGCCAUGGGUGGGAAUGGGGUGGGUAUCUACUUAAAUAGUUUUUAAAAAAGAAAAAAAUCACAAAUAUUUUUCUACUGUUACAUAUGAUCUUCCUUUAUACUAGUUCCUCUCUAGUAAGGCAUGCCAGAAGCCCAAGGUACCAUAUAAUGAAUUCAUAUGUAUUGUACCUUUUAUUGGUGGUUAAAAUCACAUCAGAUGCUUGGCACUGCUGCCAUAAUUAUGAAAUGCUUGUAAAGGAUUAAAUAUCACUGAAUACUUUAAAUUGUUUUACAUAAGAGUCUAAUCUGGGAAGUUUUCGAAUCAUACUAUUAAUGUGUAAUCUAAGCUCUUUUAGAUAUAUCCAUGAAUAAUCCUGGAACAAUAUUGCUUGUAUUCCUGUCACAGAACAGGUUUUAUAAUCUUUAAAAGAAAUGAAAAUUUGUAUAAUAAAGUUUCAAAUAAAUG